CUAAAAUUACCCUGCUGUAAUUUGAAAUCCCCAAAUUGUUAGCCAAAAACCCUCUCUGUUCAAUCUUUCGCAGCUCUCGACCCGCCACCGCUCGCCACCCGCUUCCGGAAACUCCUCCUAUCAUCCGCUAAGGGAAUCGCAAAAAUGGCGGAUUUAAGCUUGGGCAUCCUCAUAGACAUUGUGGAUGAAGAAUGGAUGAGAGAUACUCUUCCUGAUGAUGAUCUUCCAUUACCGCCUCUAAUUGAUUCUAGGACUGAUGACGCCGAAGAUUCAAACCAGGAAAACCAACCAGUUGAGGCUGAUGCUUGGCAUGAUCUUGCACUGGGUAACCAAUGAGACCUCCAAGAUGCUCAACACUGCCAUUUUGCAGCAUUUCAUAUCAGCUAUUUCUGCUGCGUUUUCAGAUAAUAUUGUAAUCAAAGAGGUUUUGUAUAUGUCUAUUCAUUUCCAUGCGGCAUGCGCUGUUUUCUUCGUGUAACUUUGUCAUAUCCUUUAACACAUCAAUCGACUCCCCCCCCCCUCGUGCAACACCGUGCAAAUGUACCAAUGUGUAAUCGUCGUGAAUACUGGUUUCUUGAUGUCAUUGGACGGAGGAUAUCAUCGUUCUCGAUGGUUUUAUCCCUAUUCCGUCGUCUUUCUAGUUGUUCUUUGCUGGAAAAUCGGCUA